AUGCACUGCUUUAAAAUGAGAAAGCGGAAAUAUGGAAGCCGGUCUACCCCCACGGAGAACGAAGCAAAUGAGAAUCCCCUAGAUGAACAGGAAAGAAAGUACAUUUACCCAAGCAUUGCCAACUCGCCAAUACUGUUGCACAACGACGAGGUCAUCUACGCAUAUGGUAGAAGUCUGAUAUUUUAUUCCUUGACGGAAAAAAAAUUUGUGAAAAAGAUCGAUGAGCAUCAAAAUGCUAUUAGAUCAUUAGAUGUUAAUAAAAAUGGAACUAAAAAAUAUUUCUUGACAACUGGUGAUGAUAAAAUUAUAGUGAUUUAUGAUGAACACUGGUCCGUGUGCCACAAAAUUGUGCAUAAGAAAAAAAUCGUCAAGGCGUACUUUUUAAAAUAUAUACAGGAGGAAGACAAGAAGUUCGAAAUAAUUUUUAUUGAUAAGUAUGGAGACGUGUAUUUGUUUGACCUCAAUUUGGUGGUGCGCAGGGGGGCCCAUGUGGAGGAGGCGCCUCCCGCCAUAGGGGAAGCCUCAACGACUGGGAAGAUCCCAACGAGCGAAGAUGUCCCAACGACGGAGGAUGUCCCAACGACGAGUCACUCCAGCUUCACCAUCAAAUUGAGCUACCUGCAGGAUUCGCUGAACGACAUUCAGGAAAAGGACGAAGAUUUGUUUUUCAUAAAUAAUUUCGAGCGUAUGCUUCAGGGGGAGGAGGAAGAAGAAGAUAAAGCGGAAGAGGGUCACGCGGAAGGGAGUCACUCGGUAGGUGAAGAAGGGCAUUCCGCCAAACCGCUUCCCUGUGGGGCGCCCCCCCACGAGGAAGGCAAGCUCGCCCAGGUGAAGGAAAAGCUGGAGCGCCACUACUCCAAGUGCUUCCAGAGUGAAACGUUGAUGUAUCCAAUCCUCACGUGUAACUCUGCAGUCAUAUCGCUACAUUACGACAGUAACUUUUUAAUAAUAGGAGACCGAGAUGAAAAAAUCAGAAUUGUGAAAAAUAAAAAAAUAAACAAAAUAUACAACUUUUAUUUAAAUCACAAAUUAUUUAUUACUUCCCUUGUCUUGAUAAAUUCUAAAACGUUUUGUUCUGCCGCUGCGGAUUGCUACCUCCACAUGUGGGACAUUAAGACGAAGGAAGUUAUCGACACAAUCUAUUUUGACUCCUCCUUUUUGUGCAAACUGGCAGAGUUGAAGGGACCUUUUAUCAGUUCUCCCCAUCUGAAAAAAUAUAAAUUUGUUAUCAACACGUUGAUUUUUAAGGAAAGUACUUGGACAAUCUACGCCACUGCCGAAAAUCUGAAAGGAAUAUUAAUCAUCCCCCUAACCCUAAAUAGAUAUGGCACCCAUUUGUCAACUUUUAACAAGGAUGAAAUUUCAUUUUUUCCGAUUCAACAGGAGGUUUUAUCUUUCAUCCUUUUAUCAGUUGGUGGGGAUGAGUGUAUACUUUUUGUCGAUAGGAGUGCGGGCCAUUUGCAUCAGAUCAGAUUAACAGAUCGUGGGCAGUUGAUUGGAGAGGUGACUACCCUUGACUGCCAUGCCUUCUUUGACGGCGCACAACAAAUGGAUAUCGGAUUAAUAAAUUACUGGAAACACACCACGAUAGAGGACGGCAUCCAUUAG